AUGUCUGUCCAAUAUGACUCGACAGCUACUCUUUUAAACGCUACCUUGGUGGCCGUUCUGCUGAGCGAACGAGAUGUAGCUGGUCAAAUUCCACUUAACUAUGUGACAAACCCCGGCGUGUCGCUGUCAGCUGCCUGCUUCGGAAACCGCAUCUAUGAUCGAGAAGGCGCUGCAAAAUGUUUCUCCAACCUCCUAGCAAUCGGAUACCGACGUCUUGUUGUCGAUCUAUAUUGGUCAGUCAACCGUAGGAGUUGGUCUUUUUGUCCGGUGUCUGUUCCAGUCGGAUCCGGAACGACUGCAUCCCCGGAGACUUCCACAACCAAGACAUCUGCGAAUAUCUCCGGUAGGGACGAUGAUUCACAUGGACUCGCUCUCUACGAGCUAGGCUCAUACAAGUGCACUGACGACCUCGAUCCCUCCGUCUUGUCGGAUGUGCUUGUUGGUUAUUUCCGAAUCACAAACAAUAAGUUGACCGUGUACACGACCUAUCUUGUUCUCAAUCUCCACGUCGCCGCAAGUGACUCCACGCCAGAUGAUCCUGCUUCUACCAUAUCAGGAGGUCAAUUGCCAUCGGAAACUGAGCGGGCUGGCUCAAUCCUCGGCACGGCCCUUAGUGACUUUACCUAUACCCCGGCUCAACUUGCCUCGGACCGAAGCAAUUUAAACCAGUCGUGGUAUAAGGUUGAUCAGGGCUAUAUGCCCAUCACAGAGUAUUUCACCGUUCAUGAAAAUGAAGCGGGCGAACAAAGCACUCCAGAUGGCUGGCCAUCAUCAAAAUUCAUUCAGCUCGCGAAACGCGAUCGAGUGCUCAUUGAAUAUGGCUCUAUCGAUUCCCAAUUGACGCAUUACAAUAUAUCUACCGAAGGAAAUUCCGUCUUUCCUCCUGGAUACCUGACUUCCGAGGUGAAGGUCUCCGCAACCAAUAAUGGCACUCUCACUUCAGGCUGUCUGUAUGAGCCUGGGCUCACACGCGUGUCUCAAACCCACUCGUCAUGGGCUAUAUCCAAUCACAUUCCUGUUCCUGAUGGUCUUUCCACGGAUGAAACGAUGCAUUCGCUAUCGAAUGUUCUCUCUGACAUGACAGCUUGUGGUCUCUCGCCAAUGCUCAACAUUACCCUCUUUGGCCAGACUGCAGAUCAGCAAGUUGAAUAUUACCGUAAUCUCUCUAUCUCUUCUUCCUGGGCUUGGGCAGUUGGCGAGCCACACGAUGCAAACUAUGCUGGUGGAGGUGACAAUCCCAAGUAUGAUCGCUGUGCGAUCAUGGACCUAACGCUCAAUGGCCACUGGCGGUCCACGAAUUGCACUGACCAACGACAUGGCGCUUGUCGAAUUGGUAAUUUACCUUUCUCCUGGGUCCUGUCAGAAGCGUCCGAUCAUUUCUCAAACGUGUCGGACACUUGUCCGCCAGGAUCGAGCUUCGCUGUACCACGUACCGGUCUCGAAAACACGUAUCUCUACAAAUAUCUUCUCUCUCUGCCAGAGACAAAGGUUGACUUGAAUUCCACAGAUCCUGCUCAUCGAGAGGUCUUUAUAAACUUCAACUCGAUGGAUAUCACUUCUUGCUGGAUACCUGGUGGCUAUGCGGCGAGCUGUCCCUAUGCCUCUGACCCACAAGAACUCGAGCGGGAAACUGUGCUUGUUGCCGCAAUUGCGAGUAUCAUCAUUCUUAUUAUCGCGGCCUUGACUCUAUUCGUCAAGUGCAACGCCAACCGCCGCAAUUCCCGGCGCAGAAAGCGUGUCAUUGGAGGAUGGGAAUAUGAAGGUGUUCCCUCGUGA